CACUGUGUGCUGUCACUGUCGGAUCUACUGGCCUCAGACAUGGCACGUCUGGCCCUCACCCUCCUCAUCCUCCUUUGCUUCUCCUCGUUCCACUUCAGCUCCAGCGGUCCAUCUCGCACCAGGAAGGUUGUGUCGCCCCGUCAGCCUGGAGCUGCAGAAGAAGAUGACGUGAAGUCCCAGCUUGAGAGAUUGUGGCUGGAGGUGAACUCACUGAAGGAGAUGCAGGCGCUGCAGACAGUCUGUCUCCGUGGCAUCAAAGUUCAGAGGAAGUGUUAUCUAACAAUAGAGGAGACAAAACAUUACCAUGAAGCAAAUGAAGACUGCAUUGCACAAGGAGGAACUCUUGCCACGCCACGAGACAUGAUGGAAAACAAUGAACUAAGAGACUAUGCAAAGAGGAGCGCUCCUGGAUCCAAGGACUUCUGGAUCGGUGUCGCAGAUAUAGUGAAAGAAGGCCAGUAUGUUGAUGUCAACAGCCUGCCAGUCAGCUACUUCAACUGGGACCGCUCCAAGAAGCAGCCCACAGGAACGAAGAGGGAGAGCUGUGUUGCUCUUUCCGUAGUUGCACGAGGAAAGUGGUAUGAUGAGGUGUGUCGCAGCCUCAAAAACUACAUCUGUGAAUAUGUUAUUCCCUAAAGGCGACAAAUAGGUUGUUGACAACUUGAUAAUCAUUUAUGUUGGUUAUUCAUUAAAAAUGUGUUGUCAAAUAAUGGAAACACGA